AGUUACAUAAGUAAGGUAAUGAGUGCAUUUCAUUUUGAACAGUGUUACCCCUCCCUCAUUUUCUCCUCCUUCUCAAACACCCCCCACCCCCACCCCAACCUGGUACCAUUUGUUAAAUUAGUCAUUCUUGGAUGAUGGGAAGGUAGCAUGUGGUUUUAUUUACUAUUAUUAUUUUUAAGAUUUUAUUUAACUUCUUUGUUUUUUACGGCAGGUCUUUGCUGGUUGAGGUCACAUUUUUUUAGUGUGUAGAAUUUUUUAGAUUCUUGGAUUUUACAGUUAAAAAAACAAAUUAAACUAACAAAACCAAACUCAGAGCCCAUCUGUGUCAUAAAUACUUUGGACAUAUUUUAUGGUUGGAUUAGCUGUUCAUGAUCUUAAUUUCCUUAUAGGUCAUAAGUUAAUAGGGUGAUAUUUGGAGAGUAGAGAGUCUUCUCUUGUGUUUAGAUUUCUUUGUUCUUUACCCCCCCACCCCCAUUUCCUGUCUCCCAUCUUCCUCCUCCUCCCCUUCCUCCACUGUACAGAUUGUUUUUUUGCUAAGAAGAUAAAACAUGAAGGGACCAGCUUUUAGUCAUGGUCCUUUAGCCUAUAAAACUGCAGGUUUCCUAAAUUAUGUAGUAAGGAAUGAGGAUGAAGAAAAUCACAGCAUUGUAACAAAUUACCCAUGACUGUGUUGCAAAAGCAAACAUCUCCCAUGAAAUCUUAGAAAGGUGUGUUUUAGGGUGUGAUCUUACCUGGUGGUGGGGGAGGACCAACUUGUUUUUCAAGUUGGUCUUGAAUAAUGAUGUUCUUUCUGGAAUGCUUGCCAUCCUCAGUAUGACAGCUUCUGCUGGAUGACAAAUCUCUUCCUCUGCUACGCACAUUGUAGCCCCCAAACUGGUCUGUUUAUCUACCUGUGGUGAAUGAUGGAAGCACCUCCCUUUUUGCCAGGCAGUGUUGGAUAGAUGACUAUUGUUCCCUAGCUUCCCAGUGGCCAAGUUAAAGGCAGGUUUGACUUCACAAUGGCCCUAGGUUACACCUACUCCCUCCUCAGGAGGACACACUGUUCCCUUAUUGGUGGGUGCUCUUCUUGGGUGAUGCUGGUGAGGAGGCACUGGCCAAAAAGAUCCAAAGUUGGCAGAGUGGCUAGGUCUAUGUACAGAAAAGAGUGGUGGUGGCGGCUCUGUUUCAGUUUAAUUUGUUAAUGAAACAAGACUGAGCGCAUUUUCCCCUCCUGUACACCUCUUGGCUGUUUGAGAUGAGGCACAAUUAAUUUAUUUGUGCUGUCUGUGGAGGCGUAUGCUAGCUAAUGCAAUGCAAGAGCUUUUAUCUUUAUGUUUGUAAUGAAGAGGAGCAGGCAGCUGGCAAAUUGACAAGGAUUACCGAUGACUCAUUCUCUGACUGCAAAUGCUUUCUUCCGAAAUAAUAAAAUGUGUGCGCACACACAAGCCUAGUUCCUGUUUGAAAUAGGCAGAGCCAGUUUGGAAAACUUCAGGCGCCUCUGAAACCAGCUGGAGAAGGAAAAGGCGGGAAGCUCCUCCUCAAUUCCCUGGCCUGACUUGGCUGGAUUGACUCUGGGCUGGAGCUCCUUCCUGUUUAUUUUCUUGCAAAGACUCCAGGCUUUGGCUUGGAAAAUCCAACCGCCAAAAUUGAGCCCAGCAGCUGGAGCGGCAGCGAAAGCCCUGCCGAAAACAUGGAAAGGAUGAGUGACUCUGCAGAUAAGCCGAUUGACAAUGAUGCGGAAGGGGUCUGGAGCCCCGACAUUGAGCAGAGCUUUCAGGAGGCACUGGCUAUCUAUCCACCAUGUGGGAGGAGAAAAAUCAUCUUAUCAGACGAAGGCAAAAUGUAUGGUAGGAAUGAAUUAAUAGCCAGAUACAUCAAACUCAGGACAGGGAAGACGAGGACCAGAAAGCAGGUGUCUAGUCAUAUACAGGUCUUAGCAAGAAAGAAAGUUCGAGAAAUUCAAGCCGCCAUUAAGGUGUCUAGUCACAUUCAGGUUCUUGCCAGAAGGAAAUCUCGUGAUUUUCAUUCCAAGCUAAAGGUUACAAGCAUGGAUCAGACUGCAAAGGACAAGGCCCUGCAGCACAUGGCGGCCAUGUCAUCAGCACAGAUCGUCUCUGCCACUGCCAUUCACAACAAGCUGGGGCUGCCUGGGAUCCCACGCCCCACCUUUCCUGGGGCACCAGGGUUUUGGCCUGGAAUGAUACAAACAGGGCAGCCAGGAUCCUCACAAGAUGUCAAGCCCUUCGUGCAGCAGGCCUACCCUAUUCAGCCAGCGGUCACAGCCCCAAUUCCAGGGUUUGAACCUGCAUCAGCCCCAGCUCCCUCAGUCCCUGCCUGGCAGGGCCGUUCCAUUGGCACAACCAAGCUUCGUCUAGUGGAAUUUUCAGCUUUUCUCGAACAGCAACGAGACCCAGAUUCGUACAACAAACACCUCUUCGUGCACAUUGGGCAUGCCAACCAUUCUUACAGUGACCCAUUGCUUGAAUCAGUGGACAUUCGUCAGAUUUAUGACAAAUUUCCUGAAAAGAAAGGUGGCUUAAAGGAACUAUUUGGAAAGGGCCCUCAAAAUGCCUUCUUCCUUGUAAAAUUCUGGGCUGACUUAAACUGCAAUAUUCAAGAUGAUGCCGGGGCUUUUUAUGGCGUAACCAGCCAGUAUGAGAGUUCUGAAAAUAUGACAGUCACCUGUUCCACCAAAGUGUGCUCCUUUGGGAAGCAAGUAGUAGAAAAAGUAGAGACGGAGUAUGCAAGGUUUGAGAAUGGCCGAUUUGUAUACCGAAUAAACCGCUCCCCCAUGUGUGAAUAUAUGAUCAACUUCAUCCACAAGCUCAAACACUUACCAGAGAAAUAUAUGAUGAACAGUGUUUUGGAAAACUUCACAAUUUUAUUGGUUGUAACAAACAGGGAUACACAAGAAACUCUCCUCUGCAUGGCCUGUGUAUUUGAAGUUUCAAACAGUGAACAUGGCGCACAACAUCAUAUUUACAGGCUUGUAAAGGACUGAACAUGAUUAUUUAUAUAUAUAUAUAUAGAUAUCUGUAUGUAUAUACACACAUCUAUGUGCACACACACACUCUUCUAUUAUCAAACGACUGACUGUAAACCUCACCACACAGGCUGGUGCCCUGGCCCCGAGGUCACCCUGAUUUUUCUAAUCCUGUUUGAGUGAAGUCAUUUUUUUUUCAUGUGUUCAUACUAUCAUAGCUGUGAAAUUCUGGUACAGUUGUAAAAAGAAAAAUUGAAUCGUUUCUAUGUGUUCUUCAGAUCUGCAGUACACAAUUCCUCGGGAAAGGGGAAACUUAACAACCUAAGUCUCUCUCUGCAGAGACUUGUUUCUUAUUGUGGUAGAAAAUACUGAGACAGAGCAUUGGCCAUGGGACAUUUUACUGCCUUUAUACAAAUGUAUUUAGUUCUCUCUCUCUCUCUUUAUUUCAACAUAAAAUUCUUGUUUUAAGAUACAAGUAAAAUUAAUCUUUAAAUAUAAAUGUAAAUUAGUACACAAAACUAAGAAUCCUUAGACUUAUCUUUGUAACUAAUUAGGGUGGAAGUUAUGAAAGAAUGUAAUUCACUAAAUUAUUUUUUAAAUGAAACCUUUCUUUUUUUGAAACCAAAUGUUAAACUAUAGCCUUAAGAAAUGCUUGGUAGAAAUAUUCUAAUGAGAAAAAUUUGUACUUCUUUCCUGAACAAGGUUAAAACUAAUCCCCUAAUCCAUUAAACUCUUGAACAGGUAACACAAAGGAAGAAGACUUCACCCCUUAUCCUUAACAUAUAUAGUAUAUUUAAAAAAUGUAAAAUUGUAUUGUACUAAUGUGAUGAUUGAUUAUUUAAUGAAAAAAAGAUGGCUCUUUUUUGCAAUAAGUAGAUAAAUACUGAAAAUUUUAAGCUUACAAUGUUUAUAGUCUUGUGUGUGCAGUUAUAUUUUAUAUGGACAACCAAAUUUUUUAUUGAGAUGAGUACAUAUUUGAACCACUGAAAUUUAAUAGCAAAAGUCUAAAAUUGGCAUGAGUACUGCACUGUGAGCUGCAAAGAAUAGAGAAUCCUGUGGCUGGGAGAAAACUUCAUUGACCAAACAAGUAAAAGGCUCAUCAGUUAGGGUCUCUGCUACACCAGAAUGUUGUGAGCAUCCCCACCAGCCUGUGGAUAAAUUCUUUAUUUCUGGUGACCUAACAUACAUAGGAACCUGCUGUAACUGUAGCUAUGUGUGUAAAUAUGUGUACUGAGUAUGUAUACAUAUACAUCUGUGGCUGUUCAGUUCCCAUAGAACAUCUGUUUAGUGUUAGUUAGUUAGCUAGGUGCUGACGUGUGUGUGUGUAUUUCAGUCAGUGUCUGUAGACUUAGGUCUGUUCUCUCUAAGGGUGCCCAUUUUCUUGACAUCUCUCAGUACAGCACUUGUUGGACUUAGGUUUAAGAGCUCCAUCCGUCUUUGAACCUUUCCAAACAGGCUCAUUGAGGAUGUUCUCUUUCCUAACUAAAUAUCCAAAGCCUUACCCAGGCAGAGUUGGUUUGAUGUGGCCACAUGUCUUGGGUAAUUUCCAUAAGUGCUUCAUUGAGGAGAGAGGAGAAAGCCCUCAUUGAGGAAAAUGAAGUUUUUAUAACCAUCCGUGAACACAAUAGGACAUGAAGUAAGUUUUGUAAUUUACAAAACAUGGCAAGAUUUUUUUUCCCCACCAAGGCUAGAAAGUACCACACCAAGUCCCUCUCCCUGCCACCUGCUCUGACCCUGUUGUACGUUGUUCAGUAUCUUGGGGCCGUGAGUAUGGUGUUUGGAUGGCUUAUCACAAAAAGAAUAGCACUGUACCAGUGUCUAAAAGCCUUGACUUCUCCCAGACUCACCAAAGGUCACUAAAAAAAAAAAAAGGAGAAUGUGCAUAACUGUCUUAUUUGUAACACAUCUGCCUUAUGUAUGCUGGUAGUACAGUAUUGCUCUUCCCUCCAAAAUGAGGCUACCUUUGUUUCCUGGUUUCAGGCCAGCCUUUGAAGGACUACCCUGGUUUCUACCUUUCACAAACUGUUCUUCAAACCAAACACUUAUGCAUCUUCCAUGGUCAUUAUAUUUAUUAUAACUUCUACUGGACAUCCCUUUUAGGGAUGUUUGGUUUCUGUUUCCUGUAUCCUUCCUCAAAGGUGCAUAUGGCUAAAAGUCAGGCCAUUCAGGAACUUGAGAGGUUCCUGGAUCAUGUUUGCACCCAAGAGUAAGGCUCUUUUGUGUAACCAGUAGGUCUGUUAGGAUUCAUUUGCAAAGCACAAAAAAACCCAAGAAGACCAGCUAGAGGUUAGCAAUUAGCUGUAGGGUCAGGCUGGACCUACAGUGGUCUACCUCUCUAUCCACAUGCCUCUGAACACCUUUGCACUUGAGUUGUGGGUAUUCAUAUGAAUGACUUGGAGGGUGACUUUUUUGCCUAUAAGAUUCUUUAAUAAUCUUCAAGAGCUUUCUACAGGAGUGAUAGUUUCCUGUUUAGUCUCUGGCCAGUUACCCCAGGUCUUGGGCUUGCUUUUCUUUGUCUCUCUCAAUGUAGACCCUUGUGUGGAUUUUGUGUUCUCUCAUCUAAUUCCAGUCCCUCUCUGAUCCUGCUUCUUGUAUUCUAAUCUAUUGUAUUCUGAUCUCCUUGUAUUCAAAGCUUCACCUUAAGGAAGCCUAUACCAAGCCCCAUCCCCACUUGUCUCUUCUCAGUGCUCUCUGCCCCUUGAUGGUUGCCAGUGCCAUAUUUGCCAUGUUAAUCUUGAGCUUUGCCAAGUUUGGAGGCCAGCUUUCCUAGGGAGGAGCUGAAGAACAGAGCUCUGUUGGCCUUGAUGUCCAUGGCAGGAAGUCCUCGGUCAACCAGGACUUUUUCAGAAUAUAUCCAAGAACUUGUAUUACACAGGUUUCCUUAGACCACAUUUUCUCAGCCUCAACACUAGUGACAUUCUUUGUUGUAUGGGGCUAUCUUACAUAGUGUCCCUGACCCCAUUUUUCACACCUCAUCAUGUCCGUGUAUAUACCAAAUAGUCCAUGGGGUGUAGUUGAGAGGGAGUGCCCUGCCCUGCACCUUAUAGGUCACAUUAGCUUAUUGGUGACAGUUUCCCUUUCAUUUUGCCUUCCAAAAAUUUCUCUCCUGGAAGCCUUUUAUUUCUCCUUUUUCUUUAAGGAUAUCAGGAGGCAGGUAGGAAUAUUCAUGAAUAUUCAUCAAGUGAUAUUUGUAUCCUGUUUCUUCCUAGUUUGAAGCUUUUCAAACUUUUGAAACUGAGCAUUUUGGACAUUUCUGACUUGACCUUCAGCUCUUAGUUUAUCGGGGUUAAAAAAAAAUAAGGCCAUGGAUCUCAUUAUUAAAACCUUUAAUUGUUUCGAUUUAUUUCUUUUGGGCUGCUUCUUUUUUUUGCCUUAAAAUACAUGGUGUUUGUAGAACUUACUGAAACCUCUGGAGAAUUUCUUUUCAUCAAUAGGGAUGAGUGGGAAGGGAUCUAUUCCAGAAGAGGGCUUCUAGAGUUCUUGUUUUUGAGUCAAAAGACAAUGCAAUCCCCUCCCCUUCAUUUUCUGAGCAAGAAGGUUGAGGCUGGAGGAGCAUGAAAUGAUGUGCCCAGUCACCCAACUGGCUAGCGACAAAAUAAGGGUGUGCCCUUGUCCAGGACUCCCACCUCUUUGAUCCUUGACCUCUUCUGGUAGAGGCCAUUCUUCUUUGGUGCUCUUAUGCUUCAGUGAUCUGUAAGAAUGUGUGAGGGGUUGGUGCAGAAGAUGGGGGAGGGGCUUGAGAAUCCCCAAUGCAAAAGCCUAGCAUCACCCUGAUGCUACUUCUCACUGGGAAGUGCCCAUCCGAGGCCUCUACAGCACUGAGAAAACUGAUGAGCCUUUUUGCUUCUGCUUAGGACAAUUCACAUGCCACAGGCUCUGAAUCAAAUUUCUAUUUGUUGAGCAUCCAAGCAGCAAAAUCCUGCUCUCAGACCAGCCAAAAACAACCCCUCUGUUCUAAGCACUUGGUGUUAAAAGUCCUCAAAUGACUUUUAGAACCAAGUCUUCAUUAGAUUUCAAUACCGUGGUGGCUUUGGCCAUUGUUUUUGUACAACCGCAAAUUAUUUCCAUUGUAUGAAAUAACAGUUGGUUAAUUCUGCAAACCAGGUACAUAUAAUUUGUCUACUUUUGUAUAUGCUCUGGUACACUACACCUGUCCUAAGGAAGGGUAGAAGUAAUUCUGUUUGUUUGGCGUUCACUCCUGUGACAUCAGGUGGAUGUCUGCAUUGCUGAUUUCUGUGUGUUGCUGUUUCUGUGGCAAAGUCCUGCACAUGUUAUUUCUGAAAAGCCUUAAAUCGUGGAGACAUUGCGUGUAGGGUAAGCAGUGCAGAAGGCUGCCUGGGAACUAUGCGCCCUUUUGUAAGCUGGAAGCAUUCUCUUACUACCGUUACUUUUGUAGGGAGUUUUCAAUUCAGAGCUGCCAAAGCGUUCCAGUUAGCAGUGCCUUAGUCAUGCCGCCAGCCUUUUGCAUACCUGCUCUUGGUGUCCAUUCGCCAGUUGGCCCAAUCCCAGAAACAAGACAAACAAAAUUGUUCUCAUCUAUGUGUUUUAAAGCCCAUUUUUAUCCAGUCUACAAGAAAUGGAUGACUUGGUCUAAGAUCAGAAACUGAACCCAAGUCAGUUCUUUGACUAACCAACCACAUUCUCAAAAUGUACAUAUACCAAAACAAAAGGUUGCAACUUUGUAGUUUACUCUGAAGAGCAAAUUGUCCUUUUCUAGUUGCCUUUUAAAUUCAUGACCAAAUACUUAGUUAUUUGUGAAUUUUCUGCACCCUAGCAUGAAAGUGCCUUUGGUUUGAGAUUCCAGCUUAGAAAAGUGCUGCCAUAAAGAUGACAGUUUGUAGAGAGACCAAAAAUAUUUUGAGAUCACCGUAAUGCCUUUGGUUUACCGGGGUGAGUAACCAACCACAGGUCUCCAUUCACAAGAGCACCGCCUGGUCCCCACCUGCCGUGAGUCUGGCCUCCAGUGGGGACCCCACCACCACUCACCCAUAGCACACUGCAACAGGAGGGACCCCGGAAACUGUUGUGUUUGUGUGUGCCGAUGACUCGGCGUGUCAUGUCAGCUCGUCACCCAGCCUGCAUCUAUGUGAAGGAAUUUCCACACCAACAACAGAAUCUCAGCCAGUGGACAGAUAGAACAGCUUUCAUCUCCUUGUGUUCAUAUUCAGUCUCUGGAGACUUUCUGUUCCAUCCAAAUGACAGUGCGCACUUACCUGUUGUACACAGUGAUACCAUUUCAAAAGUUGGAAGCCUCAAGUUGAGAUGACAGUGCAGAACAGCAAUGUUAGGGUCAUUACAAUUGAAGUGUUGUGUGUGAAUGUGCCAUGAGAAACUUCCAAAGAGUACCAUCUGCAAUUUGGCAUUUUCAAAGAAUGUUCCAGCCCCACCCACCCCUGGUGGGGGAAAUGGGGACAACUCCUUAAUGUGUCAGUUUAUAUCAAAACCUUGUGUAAACUGCUUGUGUAAACUGGGAAAACUGUUAGUGGUCAGGAGGAGGAGUAAACAGACAAGGAGGCACACAAACACCAGCCAAUGAGAAGCUGGGAACGACUUUUCUUUGCUAAUAUAGAUGUAAAAAUGACAUCAAACAACUCAAAGUUAACCUCUAAGCUCUUCCUUACAUGUAUUCUGUUUUUCCCUGUAUCUUUAGAAUAGCUUCUCUGGGCUUUGAAGUUUCAGGAGUGAUUUCUUGCCUCCACUCCAAGUUGUACUUAUAAAAGUUCUGUUAAAAGAAAGCAACACUAUCAAAUGAAAAGGAAAAGUACUCAGCCCACAUUAUAGCCAGCUGCUUGAAGUCUUGAUUCUUCCCUGUCAGAACUGUCCCACAACUUGGAAGAAAUUAGCCACUUGCAUGUGUCCCUGCUUCUCUUUCCAGCUGUCUCUAUCUUGUUUGGCACUCAUUUUCUCUCAAUAGUGCUUUGUUUUUUGUCUGUAAGAAUGAAGGUUUUCUGUUGAAAAAUUACUGAAUUGCAAAGGGUAUCUUCACUGAAGUCAUGCAUUGUUCAGUAGUAUGGAAUAUUUUAUUUAUUGUACUUUCUAAGCCCUCAGUCACUCGAUGCCAUGCUAUAUAUACAUCAUUUUACUGUUGGAAGCAACAUUUCCUUCUCCCUUCAUUCGUCACCACCCUGGGUCAGAUUCCAUUAGAAUUCCAUCUGGCUCAGGCUGACCUUUAUGACCUUCCAAUGAGCUUAUUAUGCUUUCUCUCCUUCCAAGAGAGGUGGACAGAAACCAGCUGUCAGUCAAUUGGAAACUAAUCCCUUGAGUGUUUUUUUUUUCUCUCCUUUUUUUCCAUUAAUCAUUUUCUGUGAUUAAUUUCACUGCAUAAAUUGGAUAACAACCACACUUCUUAAAACAACCCACAUCUCCCUGUUACCUCCUGGAGAUACUGACUUCUGUUGGCCUUUUUCAAUGGGCUUAUGACUACAGACAAGGAAAAA